UUGCUGCUGGGUUCGAGAGGACGUUCAGAUUGCAAGUCUUCAACACGCAAAAAUGAGCACAGCAAAAAAAACCAGAACAGAUAGUGGGAGAUCAUUUCGAGAGGCUUGGACAGAGUCAUUUGGAAUGGUUGAACACAAUGGGAAAGCGUUAUGUACUUUGUGUAAUGAAAGCGUUGUGUGUCGCACGUCAAGUGUCAGGCGGCACUUUGACACCAACCACAAAAGUAUUGCCCAACUUGGUGAAAUGGAAAGAAAAGAGUUUCUUGAAGAGAAAUUGAGGAAACAUCGUUCCCAGUCUCUUAGUUUUUGCAACGAUCUUUCUACAGCACCUCAUCUGGCAGCUGACAGUUUUCAAAUUUCAGUGUGCGCAGCAAAACAUGGGAAGCCCCUCUCUGAUGGGGAUAUUAUCAAAAUGGCCAUGUUGUCUGGAAGUGAUUCCCUUUUCCAUGAUUUCCCAAACAAGGAUAAAAUUAUUCGACGCCUCUCUGAGAUGCCACUUAGAAGAAAUACUGUUAAAGAUCGAGGCCAGUGCAUGGCAAGUGACGUUAGCCAGCAGCUCACCACUGACUUACAAAAGGCAGCCUGCUACUCCAUGUGCUUGGAUGAAAGCACAGAUAUAAAUAAUCACACCAGGCUAGCAAUAAUUUUGCGUUAUGCUGUUGGUGACAUCAUGAGAGAAGAGCUGGUGAAACUGGUGUCUUUUCCUGAAAGGACCCAAGGAAUAGAAAUCUAUGAUGCUGUGAUGGAGGCUUUUUUGUCACAUGACAUAAGGCCAGAAAAAGUGGUUUCAAUUACUAGUGAUGGGGCACCUUCUAUGGUGGGGGAAACAUCUGGUUUCAUACAGUUCUUUGUUAAAGAAGCGAAGCAUCAAAUCAUUCAGUUCCACUGCAUUAUACAUCAAGACGCUCUUUGUGCCAGCAAAAAAUUUGACGAUGUCCUCAAAGAUGUCACAAAAAUGGUGAAUUACAUCAUGUCUCAUGCACUGAAUUUUCCACAGUUUCAAGCACUUCUUGAGGAAGUUCAGGCACAGUAUAAUUGUUUACUUAUGUACGAUAAUGUCCGGUGGCUGAGCAGAGGGCAAGUCCUGGAGAGAUUUGUAGCCUGCUUGGAUGAAAUCAGGCUGUUUACAAAUGAAAAAGGGCAGGAAUAUCCACAGCUCACUGAUACGGCCUGGCUUGCCAACCUCAUGUUUUUUACAGAUUUUACACGACACUUCCAUGUACUGAACCAACAACUGCAAGGGGUCGGGAAAACAGCAGAAAGGAUGUUUUGUGAUAUCAAAACAUUUGAGAGAAAACUGCAGGUUUUUGAGAGAGACCUUGAAAGUGGGCAGCUGAAAUAUUUUCCAAAUCUAAAAAGGCAUUUCGAAAAUUCUGCAACAUUUGCAGGCAAUCCUACAAGCCGCCAGGAAAUCUACAAGGAAUUUUCUAGCAUUGUAGCAGCUGCAAUGAUGAAUUUUAGUAACCGUUUUUUACAGUUCCGUAAGAUGGAGACAACCCUGUGUUUUCUUACUUCCCCAGAUAAAGCCAAAUUUGAAGAACUUGAUCUUUCCUGCUUACACUGGUUAGAUUUAGGAAACCUGGAAAUGGAGCUAUUGGAAUUUCAAGAAAGCUCCAUCUGGAAAAAUAAAUUCUAUGACUUGCGUGAAACACUUGAGAAGAUAGAAGGGAUGGCAAAGGACAGCACAGUUAGCUCUGAAAAUGAGAUCCUUAAAGUUUGGAAUUUUCUGCCAAGUAGUUUUAAGUCAAUGAAAGCACUUGGGAUUGCGCUUCUUACUUUAUUUGGAUCAUCUUACGCUUGUGAGCAGCUGUUUGACAGCAAAAUGAAAUCCUUAAAGUGUGGAAUUCUCGGCCAAAUAAUUUUAAGCCAAUGAAAGCAAUUGGGAUUGCUUUCCUUACUUUGUUUGGAUCAUCUUAAAGCUUGUGAGCAGCUGUUUGACACCAGAAAUGGACAAACAGAUGACCCGAAUGCUGCAUGUGUCGCUCUCAAACUUACAAAGUAUGAGCCAAAGUUGGACAGAUUAUCAGCAUGCAUACAACAGCAAAAGUCACCUUAAUUAGAGCUGCCGUGGCGCAGUGGUUAAGAGUCCAGUCCUGCAAGCUACAUCUGCUGAUCCGCUGGCUGCUGUUUGGCACAUCGAAUCUCACCAGGCUCCAGGUUGGCUCAGCCUUCCAUCCUUCCGAGGAUUGGCACUAGGAAGCCUCCAUGGGUCGAAGAGAGCCCUCCCUUGAGCAGAGGGACACGAGGCUGGCUCUUCAACGCAUGUUUAAAAUGAAUUCAGAAAGUCAUUGGCCCAAAUGAAGAUGUUUUGUCAGCCUUACGAGGGAGGUGAGAGGCCAUGAAGUCAAACUUCCCAAUCCAUGGAGGACUCCCGUCAUGGCGUCAGCAGAUGGAGUGUCGUGGGCGCAAGCAGCAGGAACGAGAUGAGAUACAGUUCUGAGAGGUUUCCAAGGACUCCGGCUCCAUUCUUCCUUCAGGGACCUUCCUCUUCAGGGAGGCUCCAAUUCAGCAUCUCGUUGGCUCACCUAGGUUCUUUCCUUCAGCCUCAGUGUGUACAUUUGGAGAAUCAUCGCUUGGGAAAUGUGAUUUCGAGUGAGCCAGGUUAUGAGCCUCUUUGGCUCAUAACCUUAAAAGGACACAAUCCUUUUAAGCUCCUUUGUCAGCUUAGCGGAAGGAAUGCAGGUAAUCCCUGGGUUACGAAUGUAAUAGAGCCUGCCAAUUAUAUUCGUAACACGAGGAUUUGUUUGAUUGAAUCCCGUUAAAUGAACCUGAUCGCUCCCUGCUUUCCCCAGUGCAUUUGUUAAUUGAAUGUGUAGGUCAUUAAAUGCACACGAGAUAUCUCAGAGUGGGGAAGAGCAUGCGGGGCCUCCAAAGCCACCUCCAAUCCAAUGAAAUACCUCAUGCUCCCUUGGGAUCCCCACAAUUGCUUCCCCACAUUCUGUCCUGCUGGGUCUCCACAGUCUGGGCCUGCUUUGCUGGCAUCCUGGAUUCCACUUACUCCCCACUCCCCCAACCCGUUUCCCAUAGAUUACUUUCUUUUACCCACUGGCAGAGAAGCCAAAGCGUUUUAUUCAGAUGGCGACGAAGCUGUAAGAACGUGACUUUAAGGAAAAUGUUUUCGCCAGCUUCUGACAAAAGACUUCGGCUUGGGGCCACGUGUCCAGCAGGCCUCUGGUAGUAGAAAAGGCCUGGGCAGGGCCACAGGGAUCCAGCUUCAGGGAUCGAGACAGCGGUAGCAGCCGCCGACCUCAUUCGAACUAGCCAGUGGGCAGCAAGCAGGAGGCUCCUUGAGGCCAGUCAGACUGGGCCCAAACUCAGCCUGCAGGCCUUCAUGGCAGAGAAGCUGGUCUUUUAUUCAGACGGGGAAAGCGGUUUUCUCUUUGUGGUGAACAACUGCUGUGGUGCUGCAAAAUUUGUAGCUUUGGGCCUUGUUUGGAAGCGCCAGGGGAGUGCUCCGUGUAGCUUUGAACAUUCGCUAAGGGAAUGCUCGUAACCCGGGGAUUACCUGUACGGCGCAGCGUAGUCUGAAGACAGGCGCCUCCAGGUUUACUACAAAUACUGAAUCACGCAGGAGUGGCUUCAAAAGCCACCCGAAAGGGAAACGGUAGCAGAUCCGCCUCUCGCUCACCUGGCCUGGGUUUAUUGCCCUUUCUUAAAUGUACAUUCUGAAAUUAAAUCUAGUAUUCUAGUCAAAGCUGGCCAAUAGAAGGGAAAUAAGAUUAUAAAAGAAGUUGCAAAUAAAGGUUUUCCUCAAAUC